AUGUCUUCUAUGCGCAACGCCGUCCAGCGUCGCUCCCACAGGGAGCGUGCUCAACCUUUGGAGCGCCAACGUUUCGGCCUCCUCGAAAAGCACAAGGAUUACUCCCUCCGUGCCAAGGACUACAACAAGAAGAAGGCCACCAUCAAAUCCCUGCGCGAAAAGGCUGCCGACCGAAACGAAGAUGAGUUUUACUUUGGCAUGCUCAGCCGCAACUCCAUGGGUUCGCGCCUCAAGGAUGGCAGAAAGUGGUCUGGCACCGUCGCUGGCGACCGCGGCAACAAGGCCAUGGACAUGGACACGGUGCGGUUGCUCAAGACGCAAGACGUCGGCUACGUGCGCACCAUGCGCAACGUCAUCUCGAAGGAGGUGAAGCGUCUUGAAGAACAGAUUAUCCUGAUCGGCGGCAUCGAUGCGGCGAACCACAACGAUGACGACGUAGACGACGAUAGUGACGACGACGAAGUUGCCAGGAAACCUACCGGACCGAGAAAGAUCGUUUUCUUGGAUGCUGCGGAGGCGGAGGCCAAGGCCAAGGCCGCUGAGAAGGAGGCGAUGGAACUGGACGACGAAGAAGGCGAAGACGAGGACGAAUUCGAAGGGUUCGACGAUACCAAGGGAGAUGCCGACGAAGAUGCCGCAGAACAGAGGGAAAAGACUCUGGCGCGGUUACGGCUGCAUCUACAAAAUGCGAAGAAAAAGCUCAAAGUCUUGACCAAGGCCGAGGAGGGUCUCGAGAUACAGCGGGCGAAGAUGGCCAAGACUGCGACCUCGGGCGGCACGACAAGGAAGGGCAAGAAGAUUAUGGUCCGGGCACGCAAGAGGUGA